AUGUCCACCGAAACCCACCCCGACGAUCUAGACAGCGCAGACUUCUCAUCCUGUCCCCCAAUAUUCGUCCUUCCAACACAUCUCAGCUUGGAUGAGCUUCACGAAGUCGAAGAGCACCUCACCCAGCGCGGCGCCCAGCUAACCUACAAUGUCGCCGAGGCGCAGCUCUUCCUCGGCAAUAUCAGCCAGAAGAAGCGCGCUGCGCUGGAAUUGAGGUCGCGGGGGCUCUGGACGGAGGAGCCCGCUGGGCUGGCACGAGAUUAUCCGGCUGUGAAGCGGAGGCGUGUUGAGGAGGGUGGGCGUGCGCGAGUCGAGGAUCGUGCGCCCGAUGAGGUCAUUGACCUCAGCACGGAGACGGAGGAUGAAGCGGACGGUGUGGGGAGUCGCCAUGAUUCGGGCCGUCAUUUGAAGCGACCAGCGCCGUUGUCAAACUCCAGUCCGGAAUCGGGAGCCGAUGGUCUCCGAGUCGUAAAGCUCGAAUGGUUGAACCGCUGCGUGGAGGAGCGCCGGUUGGUCCCCGUGGACUCGUUCGUCGUGUACCAAGCUGUCAAGGUUAAGCGUCCGGGCGCGAAGCCCGCCGACCCGGUCAACGCAGUGAAGGGCAUCCUGCAAAGAGCCAAAGAAGAUGCUUCCAAAGCGGGCACCAUUGUCUCAACCCCUCCAGGCAGACGCCCAAUGGACACGAGUCCAUCGUCGCAGCGUCCCCCUCCCAAACUAUACCGCCAGACCACCUCCGAGAACGAGGAAGCCGUACCGCUCCCUCCCGCACCCUCCUGGGUCAAAGAGCGCGUGAUGUACGCAUGCCUACGCUCAGCGCCCCUCCACCCGCCCAACGAGCGGUUCAUCUCGCAGCUGCUCAAAAUCCGCACAAUCCGCGAGCUAACCCUCGACGAGAUCGGCGUCCGCGCCUACAGCACGUCCAUCGCCGCCAUAGCCGCCUACCCGUACAGCUUCCGCAGGGGCUCAGAGAUCCUAGCUCUCCCAGGCUGCGAGGCCAAGAUCGCGCACCUCUUCGCUGAGUUCCAGCAAAGCGAACACGGCACGCUCUCCGCAGCCGACGCCCUCACCACGGACCCAGCCCUGCGCGACCUCCACACAUUCAACCAGAUCUGGGGCGUCGGGCCCAAAACCGCCCGCGACUUCUACUACAAGCGCGGAUGGCGCGACCUCGACGACAUCGUCGAACACGGCUGGGACUCGCUGUCCCGCGUGCAGCAGAUCGGCGUGAAAUUCUUCGACGAGCUCCUAACGGGCAUCCCGCGUACUGAAAGCGAAGAAAUCGCACAUACGGUCCGCCAACACGCCAACCGCGUACGCCCAUCCGCCGAAGGCAGCCCCGAAAAUGACGCCCGCGGCGUCGAAUGCAUCGUCGUGGGCGGUUAUCGCCGAGGCAAGGAAUCCAGUGGCGAUGUGGAUAUCAUCCUUAGCCAUCCCGACGAGUCCACAACGCAGGACCUCGUCGUCGACGUCGUCGCUAGCCUCGAAGCAGAAGGCUGGAUCACGCAUACCCUUGCGCUGCACACGAUGGCGUCAUCUCGCGAUCAGCAACCCCGUCCUGUGCCCCACGGCGACGGCUUAACCUCUUCUUCCCAUUUCGACCACCUCGACAAGGCUCUCGUCGUGUGGCAGGACCCGCACUUCGACGACGACCAUCACAACGACGACGAUAAGAACCCCGACAAAGAGGAAUGCCAACGCCAACGCCGCAAACGCAACCCCAACAUCCACCGCCGUGUCGACAUCAUCAUCUCGCCGUGGCGAACAGUCGGGUGCGCCGUGCUAGGCUGGACAGGCGACACAACAUUUGAGCGGGACCUGCGACGGUACGCGAAGAAAGCACAUGGCUGGCGGUUUGAUUCUAGCGGGGUGCGUCAGUACCCGACUACGACUGGGCAGGGGGCGAUUGUUGAUCUGGAGGGUAGCGGGGAGACGUGGGAGGAGAGGGAGAGGUUGGUUAUGGAAGGGUUGGGAGUGGGGUGGAGGUUGGCGGGGGAGAGGUGUUCGAGGUGA